AUGUAUAAUAUGUUUGCUGCUGCUACUAAAAGUUUUGUGAAGCAGGUUGGUGAUGGAGGUCGAUUAGUUCCUGUCCGUAGCCUCAGUGAGGCUGAUAAAUAUCAACCUCUCAGCCUUGUUAUCAAAAAGAAAAACUGCUUUCUUUCUAAAAGGUCAAAAUUUACAUCAACACCAUUCAGCCUAAAAGACAUUCUUCAAGGAGAGAAAGAAAUUUCUGCAGGUAUUUCAUCUUAUCAAUUACUAAAUUAUGAAGACAAAUCUGAUGUAGCCCUUAAUGGCAAGCAAGGAAAUCACAUCAUGAACUCUUCUGGGGUCAGUACUGCUGGGUCAGAUUCCCUUGCAGUGAAGGCUUCUUUUGGUAUUGUAACUAAGCAUGAGGUUGAGGUACCGACUUUGCUCAAAGAAUUAACUAAUAGAAAAGUGGAUUUCGAACACUGCCUUGUCCGUCAGUCACGAGAGAGUAGUAGAACGGUUCUCUGUAUGGUAAUGGAGAGUAUUCGAACAACUCGACAGUGUUCUCUCUCUGUUCAUGCUGGUAUGAGAGGUGACACAAUGAGAUUUCAUAUUAUCGAUGAACAUAAUUAUAAAGGGUGUGACAAAGCAAUUGUCUUUCCUGCACAUACAACAAUUGCAUUUAGCAUAUUUGAGCUUUAUAUUCGCCUGGAUGGUAAUUUUGAACUUUGUGUUGCUCCAGAAUCAAAAGGAGGAUUUGAAAAAGAACCAUCAAGAUCAUUUUCGUUGACUAAAUUAAGAAAAAAUCUGUUUCGUCGAAAUAAAAGGGUGAUGGAUAUCAUUGUCCAUUCAGAUAAUUAUUUAGAUGACCUUUUUGCAGAUUAUUAUGAAAAAACAGCAAGCAUGACUGACAUUUCAACAAACUAUUUCAGAGAAGGAGCCCACGUACGAGUUAAUUUGCUUAAUAACCACAUUCCUAAAGGUCGUUGUUCUUUAUGCGGUAUGGGGAAUUCCAGAAGGGAAACGGUUUAUGGUUGCCUUGAAUGUUCUUUUAAUGGACAAAAAUUUGUGCGACUUCAUGCCGUGCCUUGUUUUGAUCUCUGGCACAAAAGAAUGAAGUAGAGUUCUGAUAAAUGUUUAAGGGCUGGCUCCAAAGUUAAUUGUACUUUGUUCCCUGUAAAACCAAUGGAACUAGCUAAGUCACAGCUAUCUUUUCAUUUUGAUUUCAGUGAAAUUUAAAUGCAACUAACUUAUUCUGGGUCCAAUUUGGUAUCUGAACUAGGUUUGAUUGUGCCAUCAAGCUUUGUGAAUUUUGACUGCAAAAAGACAGAACCACAAAGUCUCUUAUUUGCAUCUAUGGUUUUAAAAGUGAUUUUUCUAGUUAUAAAAAUAAAUAUAAAAAUAAAUAAAUAUCAAUUAGAAUAAUUUAAUAAAACUGCUUUCCAAAAUUUAUAUUCUUGGAUUUCCUUUGAUCUACAUAGUGAAGAUAUGUACACUUUUGAGUUAAAAUCUUAAAAUAGAUUUUUUUAAAAUCUAAAAAUGUCACAGCAUGUACUUAGAUUUGGAAAUAUUUAUUUAUUGGGGAAUGUUAGCUCCAGAGAUAUAUAUCCUAGAAAUUCUUGCAUACUUUAUGAGUCUUCUCUUUAGUUCAGGAAGUAUACCAAUUAUUUUCAGAUUUUAUUUUUGCUGCAGUGUAUAGGACCAUAAUUGAAACGAAGUUUAAUCUCAAUACAAAAGUAUAAAAAUUACCACAGUGAAAUGUACAUCAACUGGUAUGUAACACACACAAAAAGACUUUAAAAUGUGGCUAUAUUUUGCUGUGGAUAAAUCCUAGCGAAACCAAUCUACCAAGACUUGUUUAGGAAGAGGAGUGAGUAUAACCAAGUCAUCCAGUU